AUGGCGAGCUUGUUGUGGCGCUCUGUAAUGACGGCCAACCUUCUAGAUCGUUGGUACAAUUCAUUAGGGCCCAUUCCGUCGAUUACCGGUUUGGGGAAUCUAUUGUUAAAAGAGUUAAACUCUUCAGCUAGGGAGUUUAUUUCCACGGCAAGUGAUAAAGUUUCAGAGUAUUCUUUGCUGAAGUCGUUCAUAACAUACCUGACCACUUUUUUCUUGAAUAAAUUUUUGUCGAGCAUAUUCUUUUCUUCUAAGGUGUCUGUAAACGUGAAAUUCACCACUGCCAGCUCCUGCACUACUUCCCAUUACAUUACGCACAAAUUCUGGUACAGUUGGGACAUUUUUGGAUUUUGGUUUUUCUGUUUCUUUUAG